AUGGCUUCCAGACAAGCCCUCACCGACCUUCCUGACCUGAUCCUCGAGCAGAUCUUCUCCUGCAUCGACGUGUUUGGGAGGGAGUCUGACCGCCUGUCCUUCUCCCGCGUCUGCAGAAAGUUCCGAGACAUCGAGCGGAGGCGGACAGUCUUGGAGCUCAUAAGCUUGAAUUUCUUCGGCGCCAACCCCGUGAAGGCGCUCCCGUUGUACCCCAAUCUGACGGCAUUGAAGGCGGAUGCGACCACGUGCACGCGGUGGUUCGGUGGCCAGUUUGGGGAGGUGCACAAUUCACGACACUCGUUCAGGCUGCUACAUUUGGACUGCAAAAACGUCUACAAUCUGCACCCUUUGUUCCAUGACCUGAUGCCGGGGGUUCCCAACCUGGUUCGAGACAGCUGGCGGCCCGAGGGCGCCCCAACGGGGCCUAGGGGAACCCUAGAGGAACUGGUGAUAAGCGGUAGGGACGGGCUGGACCUCACAUGUGUUCGAGACGAGUCUCCGGAUCUGAGUUGGCCCAAUUCUGCGGGCGGGGUCGCAUCGGGGCGGCUGCGAAAGCUCACACUCUCCGGCACGUCGAAGAACGGGUAUCAAUUGAUCUUCGACGCCCUCGGCCCAGCGUUGGUGUCGCUGGAUGUCUCCGGGUUGAAGCGCGGCAACUUUCGCGACUCGCAGAUCCGUGUGGGCGAGUUUGUGGAGGACGGGAUUCUAACCCAAUUGGCGGACCAGUGUUCAAAUCUGAAGGAGCUGUUCCUGGGGCCGGGGCGUUCGGGGAACUCCUUUCUGAAAGGGCUAGAGGCCAUAGCGGAGAAGUGCGUGCAAUUGGAGACGCUUGGGCAGGACACUCAAAGGGGCGGGGGCCGGUGUGUUUGGCCGAGGCCAGAGCAUCAGUCGCCGUACAACUUGUACGCUCCCAAGAUGUUGCUGUUACAGAUGGCGCACUUGCCUCGCUCCGCUCUCAAGUGCUCCGCGCAACGCCUGUCGACGGACAACAGUUGA